GAGCUUGCGGAGAAGCUGUCAGAGUGGCGCCUGGUCGAUCGGCAUGUUUUCGAGUGGACGAGUGGCUCCUACGAUGACGACCCAAUCCUCAUCGCCCAAAACGGUAAGAAUCUCGACUGUGCCCUCAUCUUCACCGGGACGAACACCUUCGGCGAGCUGGGCUCGUCCGUAAAGCAGCACCUGACGGGCUACUGUGGCUUCGACCAGGUCCAUGCGGGCUACCGCGAUGAAAUCUGGCAGCUGUCCGACCAUGCGAUAUGGCCGAAGAUCACCGCAAAAUUGGCCAAGUGCAAUCGUGUGAUCUGUGUUGGCCAUUCGCUGGGCGGCGCCAUGUGUGACGUUUUCUCCGGUUGCAUCAACAGUGGUCAUGCCGCCGACGCAGACUACAAGAAGCUCAUGUGGUACAAAGGAGCGCCAGAGCUCAUGCCGGAGAUCGGCAGUGCGGAAGAGGCGGCAGCAUUGGGCAACGGUCCAGGCGGCCUCGGAACGGUCCAUGCUUUGUUCACCUACGGCACGCCGGCCGUGGCGGAUCCUCCGUUGAAGGAUUCCAAGACUGCCAAUGGCUGCUUCAAGGGUCUCCGCGUCUACUCUGAAAACGAUCUCAGAGGCGGUGGCAAGCAGAUCGAUGCGCGCACCUUCAGCGACAACUACUUCCCUCACCCGAAGAUGAAUGUCCUGUCCCUGCAGUGGAAUCAGGAUUCGCAUUUCGACAACUGUGUCACCAAGGAUGCAGACAGUGUGUGGUGGCCACAUCACAAUGGACUCGCUUACGAGGACUGGUACCAACAUUCUGCGAAAGUGUACUGGGACCGCUUGGAGCAGCUCGUCGGGAAAGCCCCGAACAACGAGCUGUACGCUGAGGCCAAGAAGUUCGUGAACUUUGCAUGGAGCGCCGAGCUCACCAAAGAAGAAGUUCUGGCCAUUCUGAAGCAACAUAUGCCUGGAUGGAAUCUCGCGGCGCGAGAGCCUCUCAAGGAUCCGGAAGAGCCGGCUCUCCUGGCACAGGAUGCCGAGACGCUAGACUGUGCCUUGGUAUUGCCCGGCAACUGGGCAAGCAGGAAGAAGACGUAUGGUACCGAGUUUUGUGGGAUGACCAACGUCCAUCACGGCUACCGCAACUACCUCGUGGAAAGCGUCCAGACGCCGAACUGGCGAAAAAUUUCGAAGCUGCUGCCAAAGUGCAGGAAUGUGAUGUGCCUCGGCCAUUCCCGCGGCGGAUCCAGCUGUGAGCUUUUCGCUGCUUGCAUCAACAACGGCAAGCUCGAUGACCAGGACUACCGACGAAUGAUGUGGAGCGAGGAACAACCGGCCAUCCUCCCUGCGAUCUCCUGA